AUGCUUCUCUUCAAGCGCCUGUUGUUGGCUUCGACAUGCCUACACAUUUCAUUUUCAGCAGCAGCUGCAAUUGGAAGUAACUUUUCAACCCGCGCCGUACAACAAACCGGGGGUUACCAAAACACGGCUUACUAUGUGAACUGGGCAAUCUAUGAUCGAAAAUAUGAACCUCAAAAUCUGCCCGCGUCUCAGCUGACCCGCGUCCUCUACAGCUUUGCUAACCUUCGAACGGAUGGUUCAGUCUAUCUUUCUGACACAUGGGCCGACUUAGACCGACGUUAUCCCACGGACUCCUGGAAUGACAUCGGAAACAAUGUCUAUGGGUGCAUCAAACAACUAUACAUACUGAAGAAACACAAUCGUCAAAUGAAAACUCUUCUUAGCAUCGGUGGCUGGACUUGGUCCUCAAACUUCCCUGCCGCCGCCAGUACAGAUACAACCCGUGCACGGUUUGCCGCAACAGCUGUGCAAUUUGUUCAAGACCUUGGAUUUGAUGGUAUUGAUAUUGAUUGGGAAUACCCCGCCAAUGACGUUGAGGCUCGCAAUUUUGUGCUUUUACUACAAGCUGUUCGGUCAGCGCUUGAUGCAUAUUCUGCUCGUUACGCUCAGGGUUACCACUUUCUCAUUACAGUCGCAUGUCCUGCUGGCCCAAAGGUUUACAACAUCCUUCAUCUGGCAGAUAUGGAUGCGUAUGUUGAUUCAUGGAACUUGAUGGCUUACGACUAUGCUGGGUCGUGGGAUAAUAUAGCAGGACACCAGGCGAACUUAUAUCCGAGUGUGUACAAUGCCCCAAGUACUCCAUACUCAACACAAAGAGCCAUUACAGACUACAUCGCCAAGGGAAUCAGUGCCUCUAAGAUAAUCAUGGGGUUGCCACUUUAUGGGCGAGAAUUUGGGAACACGGCUGGUUUUGGAUUACCAUACAGCGGAAUCGGUGCCGGACAAUGGGAUAAAGGAGUCUGGGACUACAAUCAGCUUCCAAAAGCUGGAGCUACAGAACACUUUAGCUCCGAUGUAGUGGGGGCCUACAGUUACGAUAGUAUCAGACAAGUACUUGUCAGUUAUGAUAACGUCGAAUCAACCCAAACCAAGGCGAAAUACAUCAUUGAUCAUGGACUGGGAGGUGCGAUGUUUUGGGAAGCUAGUGCGGAUAGGAAAGAUGGUGGAAGUCUUAUUGGUACGACGGCGGAAACUUUCCCCACAUUGGACACCAGUCAAAAUUUGUUGACUUACAGUGCGAGUGCGUAUCAAAACUUGGCGGCUGGUAUGCCUGGUGCGCUUAGGAAUUCUCAAAGAUUUGGGGUUUUGAGUGAGAAGAGAGAUAUAAAGGGAAAGGUUGCCGCAUUACUUUAG